GUAGUUUUUAUAUUACAUAACUGUUUGAUUCCUUUUAGCCACUUGGCAGGGUUAUUACACUUGAGAUGUAUUAAAGAUUUACGAUAGUAAUUUUCCUUCGCCUCUGAAAUUGCUUUAUGUACCAGGUUGCGAAGGCUACGCCAUUCAUUAGUUUUACCAUACUGUAGGUCGAAACAUGUUCUGUCUAGAAAGUAUAAUACAUACUCCAAGUCUAGAGUCAAUCAAUUCUUUGACCUUGAAGGUCAUCUAGGGUUUGUCAGAAAUUCACUUCCUUUUCUUGACAAUUUGAAAGGGGUUGUUGUAAGCACAAUUCAGAAUAAAGGAAAAUGCAUCAGUCUUUUGAUACAUUAUUAUCCUCCUUAUCAAGAACAUUUUGCCAGUCGUAGGUUGCAAUCCACUGACCAAAAGACAAAACCGACGAAUGACGAUAGGGUUGCAGGCACGCAGCUUUGUUUUUUUUUUCAGAGGGAGCAUUCAACCAACUGGGCAACAGACACUACAAGUCUCAUGCAGAUAUUGUUUGUGUGUGACAUGUACGCAUUCUUUUGAUCUGUGCUUCGUCUGCUUUCAACCCAGAAAAAAAUGCGGAGAGAGCACCGAAGCCAACGAGAAUAUGGGACUACCAGACCUAUGUAGAUACUGUGAGUUUGAGAAUUGUACGCAUUGUUCUUCUAAGUGCGUGGUCUGUGGAAAACCCAGGAGAAGGUGUAAAAAUAUGUUGUGUACUUUGGAAACAUUGAGAAUUGCCAGUCGCUGAGAUGCAAGUUGGAAUUUGUUACGUCAUUGGAAAUACGUACAACACCAUCAACAAAAUAAAGACUGGGAAGCACUCCCAAGGAAAUCAUUGAACUGCCCACUUUAGAGCAGUUGAAGGAUGCCAUCGAAACCAUGUAAUUGGUAGUUAUAUUGUAUAUAGUCGCACGCACAUAGCAUUGUUAUUGCACUGACUCAGCUGUCUGUUGGCGGCUGAGCACCCUCGUCCAGAUGCUGAUUGGCUUUGACGAGUAUCGUAGAUUUUGCUGUCCCAAACUCCCACAGACAGUUAGUUACCGGUCCUCGUCUCUACAGUGACUAAUAAUGAUAUUUAGAAAUAUACGUUUAUUGGCAAGUAAUAUUGUUGUAAUGUCUACCUUAAAAAACUUUAACAUAUAGAUUAAACAAAAAUAUGUCUACCAUUUGAGGUGACCAAGAGUGCACUAAUACGGUUUGAAUUGUCCCUCAGAGUAAAUUAAUGAAAAUAUAGUUCGCUGUUAUAUAUUAUUAAGAGUAAUAGUUUUACAGGAGUUCGGAACUAAUAAGGGAGAUGUAAAAUGUAUUGAUAUUGUCGGCACUGAUUAUUUCUUCUCCCCUCCCCCCUCGUGUUUGAUCUGUAAUUGGUUUGGGUUUAACAAUGCAAGAUCCACUCAUUCGCAUAUAUAAGGGAACAGUGGAUUGUUGAAAUAUAUAUAUAUAUAUAUAUAUAUAUAUAUAUAUAUAUAUAUUCUAAAACAUAACUACAAAAACAAAUACAAAUACGGAGAAAGGGGAAGGGGAAAGAGAGAGUAAUGUAGUGUUAACAAAAUUUACACAUAUAAAAAUCAACAUGGGUUUUUCGCCGACGAACUUCAUUUUGUAGAUCUUUUCGUAUCCCCUCUCUUUUCCUUGAUAGAAAUGAAGUCAAUUUUAUCCAAUAUGUGGUGUAAAAAAUCAGGAAUCGCUUAUGUAUAUGAGUAGACCAAAAAUCUUAACAAGAAAAGUUAAUUGAAUUUUUUUUUUAAUUAAAAGGGUAAAGGGAAAAGAAUGGAAAAAGGUAAAAAGAAUUAAAUAAUUAUCACUAUAACCAUAAGACUCUUAUUAGAGGAGACUGAAAAAUUGCUUUUCGUAUUUUCUGUUUUUGAAUGAAUCAUUGUUAUUUCUUUGAUUGCAUUGUAAAUGUAUUCUUUGGGAAUUAUGAAAAUUAAACUUUAACAUACUACAUUAUAGACGGGAGUUCUUAUCUAGUGCACUGAUGAAGCCAAUUAUUGUUUCAGGAAACAAUGGUCAUUUAAGUCUCCUAAAGACAUUUCGGAACAUCUGUUUUUAAAAUUGUUGAAAGUUCUAAUUUAUAUACUACACUGUAUUACAUAUACAAUAAUCGUAUAAUUACACAAUAGUCAUCAACCACAAAAUGCUAGUGAUUUACAUGAAAGAAAUCAGAGAGGCUACAAACACGGUUCACAUGCGUGGUACUGCUUUAUUAGCACACUAUUGCAGCAACGGUUGUAAUAAUUAUUUGGUUCGAAAUUGCCUUAUAUUGUGUCUGUAUGGACGUUUAGAAUUACAUACUACAACCAUUAUUAUAGGCCCUAACGUAUAACCAUUAGUUAAGUUUUAGUAACAAAUUAAAUACAAAUAAUAUUAAGCAUACAAUGUCUUGGUAUUUAUAACGUUGAUAUAAUCUUAUACCAAAUAAUACAGUAGAACACCUAUUAAGGGAACACCUUCGGGACCAAAAAGUGUCCCUCCCUGAAUAGCGGGACCCCUAUUAUUGGGAUACUAACUAUUAUAAUAAAAUCAAAAUAAAUAUGAUUAAAACAACAAAAGUUGUAUAUUGUUCAAGAUCCCAGUCCAAUGAAAGAUAUAUGGACAGGGUAAUGACUUAGAAAUCAGGGUGAGGGUUAAGGCAUGGAUUGGAACCUAGAAUUCUACAAAGUACACACACACAAAUAAAUUCCAUGAAUAGGAUGAAUAAGAAUCAAAUCGUAUUAAGAAAGUACGCAGAAAAAAAUAAUAAUUUCCAUGAUUAAUUUACACAAAGUAACAAACACAAUGGGCCAAUACCGAUGUCCAUUCCUUUAUUAGGAGUUGGUCGUACUGUUUAGGUUAAAAUAUAUUUCACCUUGUUUCACGGAAAAGAGUUUCUUUAUUAGGGUUGUCCCAAAAGAGGUUUUACUGUAUAAUAUUACUAAAUAGUAGCGAUGAACGUGUAUUAUUCAAUUUCAUAUGAUGAAUUUACUAUAAUAUUAAAAAACUCAUCAUAUCAUAUAUAUCAUAUCAUAUAGGCCUAUAAUAAUAUAUAAAGGAAUUGAAAUUUAUGGAAAACAAAUCAAUAAUUAUGAUAACGUAAUGAUUCACACGUUUGUAAUUAUCUUCAUGGUAAUGCAAGAAUUUUAGGCUCAUUGCAUGUCUUCCUAUUUUGCAGUGGUUUGUGUUGUUGAAUCUGCUGGGUUUUUUCUUUAGUUUAUGUUAGGCCAAGGAAAAAAAAUACUAGUGUCUCGUCUCUUCGCGCAUCCUUUUUCUCUACUUACCAAUUUUUCAUUUUAAAAAAAUUUACUUUAUUUUACGAAAUGUAAGAAAGUCUGGCUAAAUCACAUCAGUAAAAUUCCUCUCUUGUGGUUGGGGAUACAUAUAGUAUGAAUCAUGUCUCGUGCUUCCUUUAUUUACUUUCAAUGUGUCUACUUGGUAAAAUUGAGAAAGAAGUAGCUGUUUCUUAUCGACCAUUUUGGAUUUCCCUUCUCGGAUUAAAAACAAAAAUUGCCCUCAUUCUCCUUUUUCGAAAUAUUAGGACGAGAAACUACUUUUUUUUUUACUUGGCCUUAUAGGCUUGUCAUAUAAGUGAUACUGAGCUCUAAUAAAUCCAACUCUACUGCA